AUGGCUGCAGCCGACCAGCAAAGGAAAAACUGGUUUUUCCUAUCCUUCUCCCCCACCCUCCCUCGUUUGUGGCUGAAAAUGGCUGUCGCUGACCAGCAAAGCACAAACAAGGAAGGAAGCAAGGAAGUGGGCAAACUUUGGCGCUUUGGAUAUAUGAAUCUGAGCAGGGCCAGGCACAUUCCAUCAGCAGCUCUCCGGAUGGCCAACGGCAGGACGGGCUUCUGGGGGCCCCGGAGGCCUUGCCUCCUCCUCUCCGUCUUCCUCGCUUGCUUCCUUUGGCACGGUGGCGUUGUGGCUGAGAAAAAGAAGCUUCAAUGCGCUUGUAUUGCCGAAUCCGCAAAGGACUUCAAGCCAAGGUGCUUCACAGACCAUUACUCCGAAGUGGGUUGUUCCUGGGAAGUGGACGCCUCUACCGACUGCCCCAAGAAGUUCUUCGUGCGUGUUAUAAGGACUGAUCGAAUCAGUGGCCGAACGAAAUCAUUGGAGUGUUCUCCUAAGAACAAGAGAGGCCAGAAUGCGACCCCCAAGUGUACUUGCGCCCUUCAGACUAAUGAAGUGUAUAGCUUCAUGUAUCUUUUCUCAGUGGAGGCCAAAGGGAAAGGGAUCUGGAAGAAGAGUGUGGACCCUGAUGACAUUGGAACGCAAACGCAUGACAACGGACAUGCAACUUAAAAUGGAACCCGGCAUGCCAACAGCAACCUAUACUGCUAAAGUGCGUCAGAAAAAUUAUUACCUCGGGAACAACUGGAGUGAUUGGAGCGUCCAGAUAAGUUGGCAAGCACUUGGGUGGAUCAGGUAGGGCACCUGUUGGCAUCCCAGCUGGCAUCCCUGUGUGUUCUGGGCUCCACAUUGUGGGCUCUUUUUUCUGGAUUUUGUAAACCUUCUGGAUUUGUGAAAUAUUCCGACCCCACCCGCAGGAACGUUUGUGCAUCAUCCGGCCCCUUUGAGUGAGUGACAGCAUUUCUCUCACAUUGCUGAAGGUCUUGCAUUUCCAAUCAGCUAGACAUCGAAUUAAUAUGCAGGCCUCUCACUUAAUUCAGUGCAAUUCUCUGCUGUAGACAAUACCUCUUUCUGAAGUCUCCCCAAUGAUUUUUAUGGUUUCUCAUUUAAAUAAAGACAAGAACACACAACUACAUUAACUUGUCCAGUGGUCCAUUCUUAUUAAAUUCCAUACAUAGUACAUAGUGCACAUGCAAUAAGUUAGGUAUUGUCAAUUCAAGUAGCCUCUCCACAUAGAUUCCUGUGUUGAAAGUGGAAUAAAAGUAUCUUCUGUCUCAUUUGUAAAGGAAAAGAAAGGAAGUCAACAUCACCAAAAGCAGGGGUAGGCAACCUAAGGCCCGUGGGCCAGAUGGGGCCCAAUCGCCUUUUCAAUCCGGCCUAUGGACAGUCCAGGAAUCAGUGUGCUUUUACAUGAGUAAAAUGCAUCUCUGGGUUAUUUAUUAUUUAAAAUGCAUCUCUGGGUUAUUUGUGGGGCCUGCCUGGUGUUUUUACAUGAGUAGAAAGUGUGCUUUUAUUUAAAAUACAUCUCUGGGUUAUUUGUGGGGCAUAGGAAUACGUUCAUCCCCCCCCCCAAAAAAUAGUCUGGCCCACCACAUGGUCUGAGGGACAGUGGACCAGCCCACGGCUGAAAAAGGUUGCUGACCCCUGACCAAAAGUGUCUAUCCUUGAAGUGCCUUUAAUUACACUUUUGUGGUGAGUAAGGCCUUCCAAUGGAGCCACACUCCAGAUACUAUUUAACCAGAUCUCUGUGGGGAGUUCUAUAGAUUGUUUCCAAUAUCGGGCUAUUGUAAAUUGGGCUGCUAAUAACAGAAAAAAUACUAAAUGUCUGCAUAUAAGGUUACUGUUUAAAUGUUAUUAAAUUAUUAACCCUUUUCUCCUUUCGGGCAGAAAUGGGUGGAAUCUGUGAGCUGAGCAUCCCCUUUUCAGGGGAUGAAGCCUGCCAAAUUUCACACAGAGGUCCAAGGGAGUUGUGCUUGGCAUCCUUAAAGUUGUUUUGGAAGGAAUAACUCAUUGGGCCCCCUAUGCCUCUACCCCUUCCAGGAACUGACUUGGCAGGCAGCACAAGCUUUGCAGGGCUCCCGCCCCAUACCUGGACUGAUCACUUUACUGAACUAUAUUAAAGAGUACAGUACACUAACACAGGCUUUGUUGUACAUGUGUGUUUCUGUGCCACGUAGCCCCUCAAGAAAGAACACUGCUGCAGAUGGACAGAUACCAAACUGAAAUGAACUGCAACUCAGGCCAGAACGAGGGGUGUGGGGUAAAGGGGAGCAAGGUCAUUCUGAGGAGCUGGGGGUGCUGUGCAUGCGAGAAUCCUCUUUUACCUUCCCAGCAACCCUGUGAAGUAGGCUAGUUUGAGAAAUGGCGAGUGGCCCGAGGUCACUCCAGUCAGUUUUGUGACUCAGCAGGAGUCUCUCCUUGGAUGAGAGGGAUGCAGAGGCCAGGGAAAGGACACCCCUCCACUCAGUUUUAUGCACCACCCUUUGGACCCCCGGGGAAACUCACCAAAUGAAACCUGCUGCCUCCUGGAUCUGGGUGUGUGCAGUGCAACUGAGCUGACUGCUGAACAGGACACAGUGCAGUCUGCAUGGGGUCUAUUCAUAAAAGCAAGACUAGGGCAGUGCCAGCAGGUUCCACGAAGCCCCCUUUCUUCUGAGAUUUUUGGGGGUGAUCUUGGUUGUUUCAGCCCAGGCUGUUGGGAGGGGUUGUGGGGAGAUGUAUCCGAAGGUGAAGGAAUUGAUAGCAGCAUUUAUUUAUCAGAAACUAGUCCUGAUGGUUUUAUUGUGUGGUUCUAUAAUACCUGUCGCUUUUGGCAUACUGCUUUAGAGAUAUGUUCACAUAGUUAUUUUUUAUAUAUAGUCAGGGAAGGGUCAUUGCAUCUCAGUGGUGUCUGCUUUGUACAUAUGCAGAAGGUUCCAGGUUCCGUCCCCAGCAUUUUUUAAAAAAAAAACCCUCUCUUUUUUGCAUUUAAUCUUUAUUAAUCCCAAUUAUCACUCUCCAUCAAAGAUAUAGUAAAGUAACAAGGCUUCCCUCCACCUGAAUGUGGGUCCUCUACAAUUCUAUAUUAACUGCUUAUUGAAUAACAUCUAAUUUAUAUUUAUCCAAUAUAUCCGUAAGUUAUGUCACCGUGCAGGAGUCAUUUCAGAUUUCAGAUGUUUACAAUGAUAUUUUAUGCAUUGUCUGUAUUUGUCCCAUUCUGUGUUAAAUUUUAGGUUGCCAUGAUUCCAAACUUUCCCCAUUAGACUUGCCAUCUCAGCGUACUCAAAUAUUUUUUUUCUGCCAUUCCAUUUUUUAUCCCCAGCAUCUCUAGCUAGGCCUGAGAGACACACCCUACCUGAAAGCCUGGGGAGCGAUUGCCAAUCAGUGUAGACAAUGGUCUGACUUAGUAUAAGGUAGUGUGGCUGCCUAUCUAUAAUUAGGCAAUACAGAAAAGGUCUAAAUAAGGGAGACCCACUCCAGCACACUGACUAACUUGUCAGUGAGUAAGUGCAUCCCAGUGACAGUACUGUUCAGUGGGAAGAGGAGGUGCAUGUGGAAACCUUGAUGCAAGCACCAGUUAUGCUACCUUUACCUUUACCUUUCUACUUCCAAAAAACCUACCUCUUCCUUCUUAGCACCCUUCCUGGGCCCCAUAGACCCCUGCUCUCCCCUCCCAAUGAUCUACCUGGUCAACUUUCACCUGCCCUUGGAGGAAAAAUAAUUAAGAGUAGAGUAGACGAGCCCAGCUGAAGCUGAAACAGACCAAAAGGGUUGCAGCGCCACGACUCCAGAGCCCGAACUGACUUGGCUGCGCACCCACACACAAACACGCGCGCACACAGACACCCACACCCCACGGGGCUGGCGUGGUCGUCCCGCGGCGCGCCCACUCUGCACAUGUUCAGGAGACACCGAUCGCAGUCUGUUGUGUAGCCGAGUUUGGUGCGAGCCCAACUUCCUGGCUGGCUGGGAACUCCCGGCAAAGGCGGGAAGGGGCCGGGCUCGGCAUGCAAAUCCACGCCCCAGGAG